AUGGCCAGCUCACAUUUGGGACUUCACGAGGCCUACCAAUUUGUGCGUCUUCGGCGUGCAGUGAUUUCGCCCAACUUUGCCUUUCUCGGCCAGCUUGCCGAGUUUGAGGCAGAUCUGGCGGCUGGCAGAGCCAAGCGAGUCGCUAACCGUCUCCCCACCGACUGGCUGGUCCCUUGUGCCGGCUGUUGCCUGCGUCUCAGAGAGUCUGACAUCUGCACCGGCGUCUCUAGGGCAGGUGUACCAGGCGCAGAUAGGUCGGGUCAGCCGUUUGACCGCUCAUUGGCGCCCUGGAACUGGCUAGUCUCUAGGCGGAGGCAGCAGAGGUUCUGGUGA